AUGGCUCCAGCAACGUCUGAGAGCGCUUCUCCGAUCGGGAUUGCCAAUGUACGAAUGCUGCCCUCUUCUACGUUCGCUGCGCUCUUCAUCCCCGCUAACAUUGCUCCGCGAAAGCUUCCGAACCAACGGCACAAAAUUGUUGCAAAGCGAGGUGCCGCCUUUACUAUCAUGGUAGCUGGCGAGUCAGGACUAGGGAAAACAACGUUCAUCAACACGCUUUUCUCUACUACGAUUAAGAACUACGCAGACCAUCGCCGCCGCCAUGCCAAGCAGGUGGACAAAACCGUAGAGAUCGAGAUCACCAAGGCUGAGCUGGAGGAGAAGUUCUUCAAAGUCCGCCUCACGGUUAUUGAUACCCCUGGCUUUGGUGACUAUGUGAACAACCGGGACUCGUGGAUGCCAAUCAUAGAAUUCCUUGAUGACCAACACGAAUCCUACAUGCUGCAGGAGCAGCAACCGCGCAGGGUUGACAAAAUCGACCUCCGAGUCCAUGCCUGCCUGUACUUCAUUCGCCCCACUGGUCAUACCCUCAAACCCCUUGACAUCGAAGUCAUGAAGCGACUAAGCUCACGAGUCAAUCUCAUCCCUGUUAUUGCAAAGGCGGAUACAUUGAGCCCCACUGACCUUGCCCGCUUCAAACACAGAAUUAGGAACGUCAUUGAGAUGCAAGGCAUCAAGAUCUAUCAACCACCACUAGAAGAGGAUGACGAGGCUGCUGCAAACCACGCGCGAGCUCUACUGGAAGCUAUGCCUUUUGCCGUCAUCGGCUCAGAGAAAGACGUCAAAACCCAGGAUGGCCGAGUGCUAAAGGGGCGUCAAUACUCAUGGGGUGUGGCAGAGGUGGAGGAUGAAGAUCAUUGCGAUUUCAAGAAGCUGCGAUCAAUUUUGAUAAGGACACACAUGCUUGACCUGAUCCACACGACUGAAGAGAUGCACUACGAGGCGUACCGUGCGCAACAAAUGGAAACGAGGAAGUUUGGCGAAGCUCGGCCUAAGAAACUUGAUAAUCCCAAAUUCAAAGAAGAAGAAGAGGCAUUGAGGAAGAGAUUUACCGAGCAGGUAAAGCUGGAAGAGAAUCGCUUCAGACAAUGGGAGCAAAAAUUAAUUGCCGAGCGGGAUCGUUUGAAUAAAGAUCUUGAGACUACACACGCCGCCAUUAAAAAUCUCGAGAUGGAACUAGAACAGAUGCAAGGGAGCGUGCAGAGGAGCCAUGGCCGUCACCUUGCUGUUGGCGCGGACAACGCACGAUUCGCCAGCGUUGGCGGGGACAAGCAGGUCUUCCUCUGGGACGUGAGCACCGCUCGCACACUUAGGAGAUGGGCGGGGCAUUUCAGCCGGGUGAAUUGUGUGGAUUUCGGGGGUGACGAGGGAAGUGUGGUGGUGAGUGGGAGCUUCGAUGCCACGGUGAGGAUUUGGGAUGCAAAGAGUCAGAGUACGAAGCCUGUGCAGGUGCUGGAGCAGGCGAAGGAUAGUGUAAGCGCUUUGCAGGUUAGUGGGUGGGAGAUUGUGACAGGGUGUGUGGAUGGGAAGGUAAGGGUCUAUGACUUGAGGAUGGGGAUAGUUAGCAUGGCUGAUGCAAUCGUCCUGAGUGGUAGUGAGGAUGGCCAAGUCUGUGUUUGGGAUGUGCUUGAAGGCAAGCUGCUCGGCAAAGUCGACGCACACAGAGGGAAGGUCGCUAGCGCCGUGGCUUGGAACCGGACGAGAAAAGAAUGGGCUAGUGCUGGUAUAGACGAUGGCUAA